AUUUACGAAUGACCCCGGAAACAUUUUAUUUUGCGUAGGUAUCUUGAGAAUAUUCUUUUGUGAUUCGUUACUUGAUCCGGAAGAAAAGAUAGCAAACCUCACUUGCGAUUGGGUCCUAUCAUAAGGGCGGUGCUUCAACGAGCCAGUCACCUUGGCAACCGGACGUGACGAUCCCGGAAGCGGCUGACUGAGCUUUGCCCGGCUGGCGGCUUCGGUGGGCGGGGUCGGCCGAGCCCGUCCGGCACUGUCUUCUCCACGGACCCGGCACUGCUAGGGGCGGCGCCAGUAAGGCCACGCCUUCCGUGUUGACUCCGGAUGGCUCUGGAGCAAUGUCGUAGGCUCGCGGGGGCGGAGACUCGGGUCGCUCCUCUCAGAGGCUAGGGCCGGAGCGGCGUCUUCAGGCGCUUUGAUUCUUCCGGUUUCUGGUGGCUGCGUCGCCUCUUUCCAAAGGCUGGGGAUACGCCCUCUCUAGACCCGACUGUCGCCCUCCUUUCAGCAUCGAACCUGUCUGAGUUGCGCCGGGACACCUCCAGCCCAACAUUCUCUCGCUCAGGUUCUCGCCCUUUGGAGGACCUCGGCCCCCCAUUGCCCACUUUUCUGGAUGUGCUGGCCCCUCCCACCCCUCUAAAAUGUCCAAUAACCUACAGAGGGUCUUCCUGAAACCCGCAGAGGAAAAGUCAGGCAACGCCUCGCAGUGGUUAUGUUAGUCAAGAUGAAAUAAAAUGGGAACAAAACUGUUAGAGAAGAUCGAAUAUUUUAAGUUGUAGACUCCAUGGUUAGCGGAUGUAUAAUAAGUGAUGAGAAAAAACUUAAUGGGUCUCUGCGGAAGGAAAAUGUGAAGAAAGCAUGAAAAUUGAGAUGUAAAAUUCAUGGAAGAAGAUUUAUGUUUGAAGAACAUCAGGCUGCCUAAAUUUAAUCCUAGCUUUGACAUUUACUGUUCGUGAGGCCAAGUCCCCUUUCCAUGUUUCAGGCUGCAUGUACCAAGUAGUUCAGACGAUUGGCUCGGAUGGAAAAAAUCUUCUGCAAUUACUUCCAAUUCCUAAUUCUUCUGGAAAUCUUAUACCGCUAGUUCAAUCUUCAGUCAUGUCUGAUGCUUUGAAAGGGAAUACAGGAAGCCCAGUUCAAGUUACUUUUCAGACUCAGAUUUCCAGCUCUUCCACAAGUGCAUCAGUUCAAUUGCCCAUUUUUCAGCCAGCCAGUUCUUCAAACUAUUUUCUUACAAGAACAGUAGAUACAGCAGAAAAAGUUAGAGUUACUUCUGUGGGAACUGAACAUUUUACCUCAUCAGUUUCUAAAGUUCAGAGUCAUGGUGUGAAAAUUGAUGGACUCACCAUGCAAACAUUUGCUGUUUCUCCCUCCUCAACACAAAAUGAUUCACCUUAUAUUUUAGUAAAUACUCAGAGUCUUCCAAUGACUGUGAAGUCUCCAGUUUUGCCUUCUGGGCAUCACUUACAGAUUCCUGCCCAUGCUGAAGUGAAAUCUGUACCAGCGUCUUCAUUGCCUCCUUCAGUUCAGCAAAAGAUACUUGCAACUGCAACCACAAGUACCUCAGGAACAGUUGAGGCUUCCCAAAUACCAACCGUUAUUUACGUAUCUCCUGUAAAUACAGUGAAAAAUGUAGUUACCAAGAACUUUCAAAACAUUUACCCAAAACCUGUUACAGAAAUAGCAAAGCCAGUGAUACUAAAUACCACACAAAUUCCAAUGAAUGUUGCUAAAGAGACACAAUUAAAAGGUGGUCAGCAUUCUCAAGCUGCUCCUGUGAAAUGGAUUUUUCAAGAAAAUCUACAGCCUUGCACUCCAUCUCUUGUUCCUGUUAAGUCUUCAAAUAAUGUGGCUUCAAAGAUUUUAAAAACUUUUGUAGAUAGGAAAAGUUUGGGAGAUAAUACUAUAAAUAUGCCAUCAUUGAGUACUGUCAGUCCUAGUGGGACACAAUCCAAAAGUAUGCCUAUUAAAGAUAAUGCCUUGGUUAUGUUUAAUGGGAAAGUCUAUCUAUUGGCUAAAAAGGGGACAGAUGUUUUGCCAUCACAAAUUGACCAACAGAAUUCUGUUUCUCCUGAUAUUCCACCAAGAAAAGAUACAUCACAAAUAGUGAGUUCAAGUCCAGUCACAGAAAUAUCCAGAGAGGUUGUAAAUAUUGUUUUGGCUAAAAGUAAAUCUUACCAGAUGGAGACAAAAUCACUUUCAAAUACUCAGCCUGCUUCCAUGAUCAAUCUAAGGGCAGAGAAGAAUAAAAAAGUGGAGAAACCAUCUCUUUCUACCCCAAACCCACAUAAUAUGAAUCAAUCCAUUAACUACUUAAAACAGAGUAAGACUCCAUUCACAAAGCCAGACUUUCCAGAUGGACUUAGUGCAGUACAAAAUGCCCCCAGAAAAGGAAAUAUCAUCCAGAGCAUAGAGAAAAUAAGUUCCUCUGUUGAUGCAACAACUUUUACUUCACAACAGUGUGUUUUCAGAGACCAAGAACCAAAGAUCCAGAAUGAGAUGGCAUCAACAUUAGAAAAAGUUACUCAAGAAAGAAAUGAUAAGAACCAUUCCAAAGGAGGAAGCAAUAAGGCAUCAUAUGUGAAGAGUGAUGCAGAAUUUAAAAAGAUAUUUGGUCUCACUAAAGAUUUGAGAGUGUGUCUUACUCGGAUUCCUGAUCAUUUGGGCUCUGGAGAAGGUUUUGAUUCCUUUAGGAGUUUGGUGAAGAGUAAUACUUACAAAGAGACUGAGUUGAUAGUGAAGGAAGAAAAGAAAAAACAGGGUUUUGAUAAGAAAAGAAAAGCAAAAACCGUUAAGAAGAUGGAUCACACAAAGAAGAGAAAAACUGAGAGUGUUUAUAACACAGCUAUAAAUGGAGGAACUAAUGUCAACAAUUCCCAACUCGUCAACAGUAUUUUACCAACUUCAGAUGUACCAUGCCAUAACAUUCUCACAAGCCGCAACAAAACCAGAGAAGAAAAGAGAACUGAGGUUGAACACUAUACCCCUGAGAACCAGGAAAAAGGCACAUUGAGUUCAAAUGCAGCUUUUGAACAAAGUCAUUCUUUUAAUAAAAAUUAUACUGAAGAUAUUUUCCCCAUGACGCCACCAGAGUUAGAAGAAACCAUUCGAGAUGAAAAAAUAAGAAGACUUAAGCAGGUGCUGAGAGAGAAAGAAGCAGCUCUUGAAGAAAUGCGUAAGAAGAUGCACCAAAAAUAAUAAAAUGUUGCUAUACUUAAAGACUGCA